AUGGAAACAAUUUAUUUUCAUCGUUAUUUACAAUGGAAAUGGCUAGAGAGGAGACCUGUGGACAAACAUACUUUUAGGCUUUACCGAAUACUUGGAAAGGGGGGAUUUGGUGAAGUUUGUGCUUGUCAGGUCAGAGCCUCAGGCAAAAUGUACGCCUUGAAAAAAUUGGAAAAGAAGCGGGUAAAAAAGAGACAUGCAGAAUCUUUAACUUUAAACGAGAAACAAAUACUUCAACGAAUAAAUUCACCUUUCGUCGUUAGUUUAGCUUAUGCCUAUGAAACAAAGGAGGCUUUGUGUUUAGUGUUGACUUUAAUGAAUGGAGGAGAUCUCAAAUUCCACCUCUACACACUCUCCCCUGGUGGAUUCGAUGAAAAACGUGCUCAAUUUUAUGCAGCAGAAAUUACUUUAGGUCUUCAACAUUUACACAGAGAGAGAAUUCUUUACAGAGAUUUAAAACCAGAAAAUAUUUUACUUGAUGAUUAUGGCUAG